AUGGCCAGCUUGACUCUUCCUGAUAAGAAUGAUAGCAACUCGGAUUCUUCCAUGUCACUCUCGUCGUCCAUACUUCUUGAAGACCACAGUUCUUCCAUCUUGGACAUUUACGGCCAAGCCAUGGACGUGGAUGAUUAUCAACACCCUUCUCCUCCCACCAUGGAUAUGUCAACAUCCAUGGUUCUCGAGCGCACCGCGGCAAUCAGAACAUUCCCUUUUGAAGCCGACGACUUCUCGAUGAGCGGCUGGACCACUGUUGGCACAUCCUCCUCCGCCUCCUCCGAAACCACAUGCCCCGCUCCGGCGUCCGUGUCCGUGUCCGCCUCCGUCGCUGAUCUCACGGCAUCCGAGCUGCUGCUCCGCCUGGAACUCCAGGAUACCCGGCCUUCAGGCUCGCUUGCCAGUCCCGGUUCGCACGUGGUGCGCGACCGUGCUUGUGAAAUGUCCGUCGGUAGCGAUAGCCUAUUCAGCUACAGCUACACCUUUGUCCAAGAUGAUCAAGGACUUUGCGGAAUCGGAGCGUGGGCUGAUAUUACGACAAGUUCUUUCGUCGCCAAGAACAGGCGAAUCACUCCGCGACAAUGA